AUGGAUACCAACAAGAUUACGCCCAAUGAGAGAGAGGCGAGGCAAGAUAUGGAUGACAUCGAAGCAGCAGCAGCCAACAACGAUUCAUCCGCUGACAACAAGUCAGAAUUUGAGUCUCGCAAUGUCGGUACACUAAACCGCAAGCUCAAGUCCCGGCACGUCCAAUUCCUUGCUCUCUCUGGCGCUAUUGGCACGGGGCUCUUUGUCGGCAGUGGACAGGUCCUAUCACUGGCCGGUCCUCUCUCGGCAUUCCUGGCCUACAGCAUCACAGGAUUCAACAUAUUCUGCGUUCUCAACAGUGUUGGCGAGAUGGCAGCUUGGUUGCCGAUUCCUGGUCCCGUGCCCAUCUUCGCAUCACGCUUCGUUGAUCCAGCUCUUGGCUUUGCACUCGCUUGGAAUUAUUGGUACCAAUUCGCUAUCGGUGUUCCGAUUGAAGUCACGGUCUCGGCUGUGAUUGUCAAUUACUGGCACAACAACGUCUCCCAGGUUGGCCUUAUAACACUCUUUUACUUCUCCGUGGUUCUGCUCAAUUGUCUGCCCGUGCGGAUUUAUGGCGAGGCUGAAUUCGUCUUUGGUGCGAUCAAGUUAUUGACUAUCGUCGGACUCAUCAUCCUCAUGUUUAUUAUCACUGUCGGCGGCGCUCCGAACGGCGAGGCUAUCGGUUUCCGAUAUUGGAACCAUCCGGGACCAAUGAACGAGUAUCUUCGAUCAGGCGCAAUAGGACGGCUUCUGGCUUUCUUCAAAGUCUUUAUCACGUGUACAUUCUCUUAUGGCGGCAGCGAGAUGGUGGUCAUGGCGUCGGGAGAAGCAGAAAACCCUCGGAGGAAUAUUCCCAAGGCUAUUCGCCGAGUGUUCUGGAGAAUUGUCAUCUUCUACGUUCUUUCAAUUUUCCUUGUUGGACUUUGUGUCUCGUCCAAAGACCCUGACCUUCUUAAUGCCAUCAACAAGUCCGCGCCUGGUGCUGAUUCGAGCCCUUUCGUCAUUGCUAUCCGUAACGGCGGCAUCAAAAUUCUUCCGUCGAUCAUUAAUGCCGUCAUCCUGACCUCGGCCUGGUCUUCGGGCAAUUCUCUUUUUUACGCAGCAACCCGUGUGCUAUAUGCCGCGGCUCUCGAUGGCAAAGCGCCUCGCAUUCUCAAGUUUGAGAGGUUCGGUGUACCGUACCUCUGCGUCGGUGUCACUACAAUCUUCGGACUACUGGUAUAUCUCAAUGUUAGCAACAGCGGGUCUGAGGUUUUCUUCUGGUUCAGUAAUUUGAGUGGCGUGGGAGCGCUUAUCAUCUGGGCCAGCGUCUCAUUCACUUAUCUACGCUUCUACUACUGCCUCAAGUACAAUAACAUCGACCGCAACACUUUGCCCUUCAAGUCGCCGAUGCAGCCAUUCCUCGCCUACUUUUCAUCUUGCUUCUGCUCCAUUGUUGCUGUCUUCAAUGGAUUCGAUUGUUUCUUCCCUGGUCGCUUUAGUGCAAAGACCUUCCUGCCCCCUUAUAUCAAUAUUCCCAUCUUCCUUUUUCUUGUUCUUGGGUACAAGUGGGUUAAGAAGUCAAAAUAUGUCAAGUACUCGGAGAUGGAUAUCUGGUCUGGAAAGGCUGAGAUUGAUCGCCUGGAGCCAACCUGGCCAGUUGUUAAGCCACGGAAUUGGCUCGAGCGUGUUUGGUUCUGGAUAGCUUAG